AAUAAUAAUAAUAAUAACCUUCAAAAUUAGCAAGUAUCAAGUUGAAAGCUUUUUCACCUCAUAUCACAGAUUUUUGUAGUACAAGAUCCAUGAUUUCAUUUGAUUUCUUACAAAUCAAAGCUUAUAAAAAAUCAAAGCUUUUCCACUUUAUACAAAAGAAGUUGGUAUUAAAGUAUUUUACCGGAAAACAGAAUAAAGAAGACAAUUCAAAAAAUUGUACCUUAAAAAUAAAUUAUUCCGAAAAAACCAAAACGCCCCAGCCAAAAUCAACUGAUUGGUCAAGCAUAUUGGAAGCAGUAAGCUUAUUUUGUAGCAAUAAGAAACAUGCAAGUCCUAUUUUAUCCAUUUUUAAUUUCCCUGAAACACCAAGAAUUGUCUCUUCGUCAUCUCUACUUUCACAAGAUACUCCUCUGGUUGCGCCCACUAUCUCAGGAAGGAUCAGUGAUAAUCUAGUUAUUGAAAUAUUAGCAAAUGAUCAAUCCAAUGAGACGCUACCACUUCAAUUCUGUGAUUUAUUGAAGGAAUGUUCGUAUGAAGAUAACUUAUUAUCACCAGAGUCGAUUCCAGAAGAUCAUUUUGAAAAGGAUAUUACUCUUGAUCCCUUAAUUGAUAAACAACUGGGUCAGUACAGAUUCAAAGAGAUUUUGGGUAUAGGUGGAUUUUCUCGAGUUUAUUUAGCCGAAAAUACGCUUGAAGGGAAUAGAUUAUCUGCUAUAAAAGUAAUGAGUAAAAGAAGAAUGCAAAUGGACCGUCUUUUCGAUGCAAAUGCUUUAAGAGAAUUAAAUAUUCUAAAGAUGCUUAAACAUAAAAGCAUUGUUCAACUAGAAGCUACAAUCGAAACUGAUAUGUAUUUUUGUCUUGUUUUGGAAUACGUUCCUGAUGGAGACCUUUAUAAUUAUGUUAGACAAUCUCGUGAUCGUGAAAAAAGCGAAGCCGAUGAACAAAUUAUAAAAAAACUUGUUUAUGAAUUAAUCGAAGUCAUUUCUUGGUUACAUGAUCAAAAUGUGGUCCAUAGAGACCUUAAACUAGAAAAUAUUCUUUUAUGGCAUGAUAAGGAUAAUAAUCCACAUAUCAAGUUAACAGACUUUGGCUUAGCCUGUGUUAUUGAUCCUAAAUAUCCAGUUUUGUACACUCAGUGUGGUAGUCUAGAGUACGUUUCUCCAGAGAUAUAUACAAGUAGAAAUGGAUUUGAUGGUCAAGUAGCUGAUAUAUGGUCUCUUGGGAUAAUCAUUUAUGGGCUCCUUAUAGGACACUUGCCAUUUGCUUUUAAACCAGCAGAAGGUGAUACAUUAUCAGAAUUUAUGUAUCGAAUCAGUAAUCGAAACAUAAAAUGGCCUAACAAUGAAUAUCCAAGUGAAGAUGCAAAAGAAGUUAUUCAAUGUAUACUUGAAAGAAGACCUGAGCUACGAGUUACUCUGAGAGAAAUUGUCAGAUUGUCUUGGUUUCUAAGUUUACGCAAUUGAUAUAUAAUAAUUUUAUAGCAAAAAGAAUAAAAUAGGAAUUGCAAUAAUAAAGUAAUAAGGGGGGGGGAAGGAGGGAACUUUUUUCUCACUAUAAAUAGUAACGGUAUAUAUGUGUGUGUAAUAGUGAGAGAAAG